AUGCAUUUUUCCCAGACAUUUGUUGCUGCUGUGGCGGCUUUGCUUUCUGCCGGCGCCGUCGAUGCUCAUAUGAAGAUCAGGACACCCACUCCAUUCAACCCCAGAGCUCUGGACAAUGGUCCUCUCGACGCCAAUGGAGGCGAUUUCCCUUGCAAGUUCUCAGGUAGGUACACUCCUGGGCCGCGUGUGGUUCCCCCCGAGAACGUCUUCGCCAUUGGCGCGAAGCAGACAUUGAGCUUCAUUGGGAGCGCCGUACAUGGUGGUGGAUCGUGCCAGCUUUCUCUCACUCAGGACCUUAUCCCCAACAAGAACUCUGUCUGGAAGGUCAUCCACUCCAUCGAAGGUGGCUGCCCCUCCGCUGUGGAUGGCAAUCUUCCCUCAGACGCCAACGGAAGCGGCGCAAGCGUUUUCGACUUCCAAAUUCCUCCAAGCAUCGCCCCAGGUGAGUACACCUUCGCCUGGAGCUGGCUCAACCGCAUCGGCAACCGCGAGUUCUACAUGAACUGCGCUCCCAUCACCGUCACCAGAGGCGUCAAGCGUCGCUAUACUCCAACCCCUCGCUCUGAGUCCCCCAGCGUCGCUCUCACCAAACGACAGGAUCUGCCAAACAUUCCGGUACCUACCCCACCAGUUCCGUCCCCACCAGUAUUCGUCACCAAACCAUCAAACCCUACUCCCACUCCUACCCCCAACCAGCCAACUCCCCCCGGUGGAAACAACGGCAGCGCUCAGUCCGGUCCUUGCCCCAACGAGGGUAAAUGGAACUGCAUUGGCGGCACCCAAUUCCAGCGCUGCGCGAGUGGCCAGUGGACUGUCCCCAUGCCUGUGGCCCCAGGAACUACAUGCUCAGUGGUCCAAGGCGGUUUGGAGGUCGCUGCUCUUGGCGUGAAGCGCAGUCAUGGUGCCGGACUCCAUCGACGAAGAGGACACUUUUAA